AUGAUAACAUACAUUGUUUUUAUUAUGAGUAUUAUUUUUGUAAUUAGCUUUGUAGGAGUAGCUUCAAAACCUUCGCCUAUUUAUGGGGGUUUAGGGUUAAUUGUAGGUGGUGGUGUUGGAUGUGGUAUUGUUUUAAAUUUUGGGGGAUCCUUUUUAGGUUUAAUGGUGUUUUUGAUUUAUUUGGGAGGAAUGUUAGUUGUAUUUGGUUAUACAACUGCUAUGGCUACUGAGCAGUAUCCUGAAGUUUGGGUUUCUAACAAAGUUGUAUUAGGAGCAUUUCUUUUAGGGUUAGUAGUAGAAUUUUUAGUGGUGUUAUAUGUUCUGGAGAAUGAAAAGAUGGAGCUUGUGUUUGAGUUUAAUGGGUUGGGAGAUUGGGUUAUUUAUGAUACGGGAGAUUCUGGGUUUUUUAGUGAGGAAGCUAUGGGUAUUGCUGCUUUAUACAGUUAUGGAACUUGAUUAGUGAUUGUGACAGGUUGGUCUUUAUUUAUUGGUGUUGUGGUUAUUAUAGAGAUUACUCGGGGCAAUUAA